CUUGAACAAGAUAUACUUAACCUUUCUUGUAGUCUACACUUAUUAUUACGGUUCCACUUCUAGUCUCAUAAUAUCCCAUUUUUUUCUUCCCUCAAUUUCACGUUCGCAUCAAUGGCUGAAAAACCCGAAGAAGAACUCGAAGUCACCGAAUGGGAACUCAUCAACAACGACGAACCACCAAUCGUUUCCGCUACCCCCGAAUUCUCCACUCCCAAUUCCUCAUCCAUUAUCAGAUCCGAUCAUUUCUCUCUCAAUCAAAACCCUAAUUCGGUUAAUUCGGUUUCCAGUAGUUGCAGUUCGAACUCCGAAAUCGAUCGAAACUUCGACGAUUCCUACGUCGCGAAUCAGCUUUUCCCUAAUCCAAUUGCUCCGGAAUCAUCUUCCAAUAAUAAUCGGUGGAAUGAUUCUGAUUCCGAUAAUUCCGUUAUUUCCGAUGAUUCCGAUAGGUUUGUUGCAGAUACAGUCGGUUUGAGCGGUGAUGGUGAUAUUGGUGUUGAUUCUGAAGAGAAAGUGGAGGAGGAAGUGGAAGAGAAAGUGGUGAAAGGGGAGAAUGAGAGAUUGGUGUGGUGGAAGGUUCCUUUUGAGGUGUUGAAGCAUUGGGUGAGUCCUCUUUUGAUUCCGGUUCCGUUAUCGGUUGCGGCUGCUGCUGCGUUUUUGGGGCUUUUGAUAUUGGGGAGGAGGCUUUAUAAAAUGAAGAGGAAGACUCAGACUUUGAAGCUCAACCUUGCUCUUGAUGAUAAGAAGGUAGCUCAGCUCAUGGGUCGUGUAGCACGUCUCAACGAAGCAUUUUCAGUUGUGAAACGUAUUCCUGUGGCACGACCAUCUCUGCCGGCUCCUGCUAUAACUCUGAGGCCUGUGAUGAGUAUGAGAUGAAGAAAGAAUUCGACAAAUUACUUGAUUUGAUGUAGUGUGAAAUUGCAAUAAUGUUUGUAAUAUCAUAAAAACCCUUUAGUAUGAAACAUGUAUGGAUGUAUGUAUGAAUGUAUUAUGCACGUAUGUAUGUAUGUAUAAGUGUGUUGGGGUCGAAUUUACGAAGCUACUCAAUGGCUUCUUGUAUAUGACAUUAUAUCUUGUUGAUUUCUAUAUCUUUCCAACAUAUUUGUUUUGGGGGUAA